AUGACAACCUGUCUAGGCUCGUUAGAGGAGUGCCAAACUAAUGUACUCUGUUUUGUAAGUUGUUUUUCGUUUUCCCGUUUUUCUUCGAAUUUUAGGUAAUAAUUAUGUGGAAGGUAUCGAAAAUGGAUUUAUGUAUCGGGGAUUGACUUGUAGCUAGUGUGGCGAUGGUUCUAGAUGCAUAUAAUAUCAAGGUUUUUAGUACGGACAGACCCAGGAAUUUUUGGGGAUUUGCCCCAAAAUCAGAUUGGUUUUGCAGUUUUUAUUGCGUUUGAUAGCUAAAAUAACAUAAUUUUGUUUUUUUUACCCAGUUUUCGAAUGCCUUGCUUUUGUGAAGGUAGAAUUUAUGAUCCAUUCCACGACUUUCUGACUAGUUGUACCUAGAACUGUUAGCUUUAUAUUACACUAGACACCUAAAAUAAGAUCGAGAUCCGAAGACCUUCAAAAAUGAACCAAAUCCUUUUCAGACCGAGUUGUAUGGCCUGAAGUGGAAGCGAUUUUCCACGCCGAAUGGGUACACAUACAGUUCGGACAUUGACGACGACCCGAUUAUUCGUGCCUUUCGGGAAUGCGUCGAAAACAAUCUUCAUGCUGCCUGGAGAAGGCGGAGACCCGAGCAGGAGCCAGGGAAUGUUCCACUCAAAGCUGACUGCCCAAAGGAACUAUUCGUGUUCUGGUUUGCGGCCGAUGAGCCGCCACUUCUUCAGAAAUUCGUUGAUGAUGGCCUUGUCUGUAAGUUUUUGAAUUUUUUUGUUUUUCUUGAUGUUUAGGUUGAUGAAGGUGAUCAACAGGGGGACCUGAAAGAUUAGAUAGAGGGUUGUGAACCUAUUAGAAAAAGAAUUAAGUUGUUGGAGGUUCGAAAUUUGGAAAAUUUUCGAAUUUUACCUUGUCUUAGGUACCCAUGGAAAGUUUUGUCUUUUUCCGAAAAUUUUUCGUUUGUAAAUAGAAGGUUGAAGGUUAAAAUACGUCUUCUAGAUCUUGGUUGAGCUUUAAAAAUUAAAUUUGACCCACAAAGUUUAAUAUUUUUUGAGCUUUCAUCGAUACAUUGUUUAUCAUGGAUAAUAUUUGAAAUCUCCUAAAAGCAAUCUUUUUUAACGCCCGAUCUUUUUCAGUAGUUUCCGAGGUUGACCCACUUGAUCCAACAAUCAAAUACGAGACCAGAAUCCUCUUCUACAAAGCGUUCCAUUACCUGUUCGAACGGAAUUUGUGGAGAUCCGGCUAUGUGAAGCUGGGGAAAUGGUUUGUUCGCCCGUUGGAAGAUGGUCAUGCCACGAAUACGGCUGCUCCAAGUCAUGUUCAUGCCUUCCACGCCAAUUUCCAAUGUCUUGGCGAGACGAAUGUCUGCAUGUUGGUCAAAGUUCAGCGGCAAGAUCCGAUUUUGCGCAUGUCCAAGAGAGUUUUGGCUUUGAAUCGUCGGCUGGCGGUGAUUCUUGGGCCAUGGUCGAUACGGGCGAGUCUUUUGCCAGAUCAACCCUUCUUCGAUUACGGGAACAAGAAACCGGACGUCGGGAAAUUGGAGGAAGUCCAACAAUUAGCCGCGAAACAGUUCGAACAAUGGUCGAAAAUGUUCCCGUCCCCGGAGGGUAAGUUCAUUUUUUUUUGUUUGUUUAUGUUUUUAGUGCCUCUAGAAGAACCACGAAUACGUUUGAUUACUAUAACAUGAAGAUCAAUAUAUUUUUUGACUAAUUUUUAUAUUGUUUUAGAUGAAGAACCCAUGGAUUCCUCAAAACCCCCUAAAAAAGAGGCCAACGAUAUUCCCAAAUUUUUGCUGGUCGAAAUUCACAAUCAACGACUACUAUGUCCAUCGUAUUUGGUUACGAUUCUGGCCAGUGAACUGGACACAAUUCAAAAUUCGUCGACAAAAGAAAAUCGACGGGUGGAGGAUGAUGAUGAAGAAGAUUUAGGCCUGAAAUCGAACAGUGUGAUUGCUCAACUCGACAGGAAGAGCAAAAGAUUGGCUACGGUCCAAGCUACUGAGGCUUACAGUAAGAUUUUUAAUAUUUUUUUUUUGGUUUUUAGGUGGAAUUUUUUCAAAGUGAAAGUAUUUUUGAUUGAUUUUUGUGACGAAUGCUGUUGGAGAAGAUAUAAUAUGCUUUAUGAAGAAUUUUGAAAGAGAGAUUUGGUCUGUACCUACCUCCAUUUAGUUAAAAAUUUUGGUUUUUUACAAAAACCAUAAGAAUUUUUACCUACAAUAAUAUAAAUUUGUCUAAAAAAGAUGUUGGAAAUUCCUGGAGACUAUGUAAUAUUGAUGUAUUUGGCCUUUAAAUUAAUUUUAAACAGUAAAAUCAAAAAAAAAAAAAUUUUUUUAAUUUGGUUAAGUUUUUUUAUUUUUCAGUUCCAAACGCCCUCCGACACAACCGAAAAAGCUAUGCGGGAGUUCGGAUUGCAUCCAAAACGUUUGAAGACGCCUGUAUUAACCCCAAACCCCGCCCACCCAACCCUUCGCCGAUGAUGAUCCAAACCCAAGAAGAUCAUCGCUGGAAUGUGACGGACUAUGUGCCAAAGAACUUUUGCUACUGCAAAUUCUGCAAUCAAAACAGUGGAAAUGAAGGUGAAUUUUUGGAUUUUUUUGAUUUCUUUUGAUUUUUAGGGAAGAUCUUGAUGUAGAAAAUAAAAAUUUGGUUGUUAUGGAAGGUCCUUGUAGUGGAUAGACUUAGUUUUGACUCUGAAAUUCUGAAAUUUGACCGUAUUUUAGCUAUUUUAGCUCGAUUUUAGUGGUUCCCAAGAUUUUUAAGCGAUUUUUUUAUUUAAAAAUUUUUGAUUUUUUUUUUUGAAAUUUAAAUUUUUUUUGAUCUCUAAAACAGUUUUUAUUUUUUUAUUCCGUAUUUCAGCCAACCCCCAACCUUCCUCCGCGAAGGAUCGCUUCGUUUUCCAUCACUGUAAACCCUCGGCACCUCGCGCCCGACCUUCCCGCAACCCCUACAAAAAGGACCUUGCCGAGUUUGCGGGCCUGAAAAACGUGAUCCAAGACCUUCUGAAUGAAGAACCAUCCACGUCGGAAGCCAAACCACCCAUCCAUCCACCGAAACGCCUGACCAAUCGACUGGACAUUGAUGGGUAUCAAAACGACCGAGUUCAAGUUGUGGAUCAAUACAUGAGCACCCUGUUUGCAAAUGAUGUCAAAGACGUGUCAAGUCAAGACCCAGUGAAACCGUUCAGCCCUGUGACAAAUCUGAAGACUCAAGUCCCCGCCGAAAUUGAGUAGGUUUAUAUUGUAGUAGGCAGAAGAGAGAAAAAUUUGAAAAAAUUAGAGAAAUUGAUGAAAAUGAUGAUAAAAAGGGGUUGGAAAUUGUAGUUAGAAGAGAUACAGGUAUGUUUUGAGAAAGUUGUUGCAGUAGUUUUUGGUAUUUUAUCACAAAAAAAUUUUUUUUGUAAAAUUUUUUUGAGUUUUUAAAAAGUUUGAAAAAUGGUUGGGGAUGGUAAAAUACGAGGUGCAUACCAAUUUGCCAAGUAUUUUUAAGCGGUAGUUUUUGGUAUUUUAUCAAAAAAUUUUAUAAAAAAAAUUUUUUUGAGCUCUUGAAAAUUUUGGAAAAUGCUGGAAGAUGGUAAAAUACGAGGUCCACAUUUGUUUGAAAAAGUAUUUUUAUGAACUUAAAUAUCUGAUUUUUGAAUUCCGACCAUUUUUGACCAUUUUCAGACACGACAAGUACCGAACAUACAGCUAUCAUUAUCAUCCAAUGAAACGAGACAUGGUGAACAAAGAAUCCUAUCACAGAGAGGGCGCACAACGCCCUAAGGGCCCCACAAUCAAAGACUCCACUUCUCAGACCCAAACCUCCACUCAGAUUGCAAGCACCUCGAGUUCAACAUCUCAAGACGCCCAAAAAGUAGUGGAAGAAAAAGAGAAUCGACAUGAAUGGCUGGGCCAACUGGGCCAUGUCCUGAAAAAGCGCAAGAAAACGGCACUACGUCAGAACUUGACCAAGAAAGAGGAUCAGGCCCAAAACACGAUCCGUGAGAUGAACGGAGACGAAGAAAUUUACCGGCCCGGCUCCGCCCCCGAUCUCGGAAAAGUCUUGAGUUACCGGAAGCGCACCAAGCGGAGUACUUCGACAAGCCCCGUGAGAAAUUAUGACCCCCUCCAUGUGUGCGUACACGUGAACAGCGAACAAACGGAAAUGUUCGUGAACGACGAAUUUGUCAACGACACCGUCAAGGAGGAACACCAAAAAACAGGUGAUAAACGCGACGGUAAGCCUCGCCAAGAGGAGUGCUGAGGUUGUGCGGGCACGGGGAUAGUUGUUUUAGGGAUUUUUGUAUGAAUUGCGCUUUGGAUUUGACGGUUUGUCGGGAAAAUCAUGAGCAAAAUAUCGCAUCGAAAGUCGGAUCGCCGCGGAGAAAAUGAAUUGUGUCGUGGCAGAAGAAAAUUGCUUUUCACUAUCUAGCAACGUGAUUGGCACAGCGAUUUGUACUCAUUACUUUCCCGACAGACUGAUUAUACAGUGGGACCUGAUCCAGUGGCAAAAAACGUAUCAUUUUGCAUCCGGGAAGUAUUAAAAAUGUGGUAAAAUGCUUCUCUCUUAAAGUGAAAAAACUCCGCUCUUUUUGUGAGGAAAAGGGCGCGCCCUUCAAAACGGAGUUUUUUCACUUGGACAGGGAAGCAUUUUGCCACAUUUUGGACGCUUCCCGGAUGCAAAAUGGCACGUUUUUUGCCACUGGAUCAGGUCCGCCACUGUAUCAGUGUGACAGGAAAAUAAUUUGAAAAUAUCGCAUCGAAAAUCGCAUCGCCGCCGAGAAAAUGAAUUGUGUCGCGGCGAAACCAAAUUGCUUCUCACUUCAUCAACGUGAUCGGCACAGCGACUUGUACUCAUUACGUUCCCGACAGACUGAUUAUACAUUUGAAUCUCGCUUCUACGGAGUUGGAGGACGAAAUGACACGGAAUUUCUUGUUCUCCCACGCCCUCAAGACAAAGUAAAAAUAAUUUUCAAACUGCUGAAGAUUGCAUCUUACAAUCUAUUUGGUUAUAUUACAUUAAUCAUCGCAGUUUGAAAAUUAUAUUUUACUUUGUCUUACGGGCAUGGGAGAACAAAAAAUUCUGUGGCAUUUUGUCGUCCAACUCCGUAGAAGCGAGAUUCGAAUGUGUAAUCAGUCUGUCGGGAAAGUAAUGCGCACUAUGACGGACCUGAUCCAGUCGCAAAAAACGUUCCAUUUUGCAUCCGGGAAGUAUCAAAAAAAUGUGGCAAAAUGCUUCCCUCUCCAACUAAGCAAUUCUGUUUUCUAGGGCCCCUCACAAAAAGAGAGGCGUGCUGUUGAAAUCGCAGUUUUUUCACUUGGAGAGGGAGGGAUUUUGCUACAUUUUUUGAUACUUCCGGAUGCAAAAUGGCACAUUUUUUGCCACUGGAUCAGGUUCGUCACUAUACGAGUCGCUGCGCCGAUCCUGUUGCGGAAGUGAAAAGCAAUUUGAUUUUGCCGCGACACAAUUCAUUUUCUCGGCGGCGAUGCGAUUUUCGAUGCGAUAUUUUGCUCAUUAUUUUCCCGACAGACUGAUAAAAAAUUCAUUUUUUAUAAAUUUUUUGGCUGAAAAAUAUGUUGUAAACUGUUGCUAUGUCGUGCAGUGCUCAAGUAUUUUAUAAUAGAAUAAAUUUUUUAGGCCCUUCACCAACCCCCCUCAUCGAUGAAUUCCGCCGCACUGUGAUCGAAGACACUGACUUUGAUGACCCGAAAACUCCCGGCUCAAAGGACGGCGAGUCCCACCUAUUUUCGUCCCUAAUCAACCCGGAUCAGAUCAUCUCUCCGCCCGCGAGCAACGAGAGAGUCGAAAAUAUCGCACUGCCCGGACAAACCCAAAGCCAAAUCAGUCAAUUGCCCGCGCAAAGCGUGGUGCAAGCCCAGAAUUUGAACGAGAGCUUGUUUCUACACACAUCUAUGUGGAAUACGGUAGGUUUGAAGGGGAUUUUUGCGGGUUUCCGGGCAGUUUGGGAUGUUUUUUAGGCAAUUUUGGAAAAUUUUUGCAAUUUUUUGAAAAAAUUUUGUUUUUUUUUGCAUUUUUAAUGGAAAAUUGGGGCCUAAGAUUUUUAUCGUACCAUCUACCGUCGUAUUUUACAUUUGAUUUUUUAUUUUUUUUAUAUGGUGCCAUUUUAUACGAAAAAUUUUUUUUCAUAAAAAAUCGUAUUUUAGGUGAAUGUGGCCGCCAACCAAGUGAAUGACAACCUCUCCGUCAUCUAUCCCACCCCACCCACCCCCAUGCAACAGUUUAGCCCAUUAAAUUUGGCCUCGGCCGAAGAAUCGGCCGGCAAAAAAAUCCGCCCCGAGACCCCGAAAAUCACCGGAAAAGUGGAAAUCUUAAACCCGUAUCGGCACAAGGAUGCGGUUUAUAUGGACCUGGAUCAUGUGUUCGAAUUCACCCAUCAACGAGAGGCAUUUUCAACGGAGUUGGAGGCAUUUGAAGGGAAUUUUUCAAAGAAAAAAGUCAAAUCCGAGCCUUCGAUUCGAAGAUUCACGAAGAAAACGGUUCAGAAAAGACAGUUGAGGCCUAAAAUACGCGUCUCACCGCAGUUUGUGGCAUUGCAAAGGGAAAAACUUGGUCUAAACAGACGAAUUCCAAUUGUCGAACAGGUAAAUUUAAGAUUUUUUUUGGGAUUUUGAUUUUUUUCGGGAAUUCAAAGAGGUUUUGAGGGGUUUUUUUUGGGUUGAUUGAGGAUUUGUAAGCUAUAUGAUGAGAUUUUAGACUAAAAUUUGGAGAUUUGGAAGGGAAAAUUAUAUUACUUUAGGUAGAGUAUAUUGAUGGGGAAAGUAAAAAAUUUGAGAAAAUUUUGAUAUUAUUUGUCUCGAAUUUCGUUUUUCAUCGUAUUUUAAAGCUUUUAUUGGGUUGAGUUGCGGAAAAAGCCUGUUAUUCGGCUAUUUCGUGUGAAGCUAGGGCGCAGGCUGCCAAAAUUUAUUUUUGUAAAUCCAUUAUAUUUGAGCCAGUUGAUCAGAUUUUGAACAUCUGAAGAUAAUGUUAGAGUGCUUUUGAUUGCUAUAAAGAUGCUAUAGAGAUUUUUGAGAAAAGCUGGGGCGCAGGCUGCCAAAAAUUUUUUUUGGAAAACCUCGAUUUUUGACAAUUUUUUGUGAUAAAUUAAAUGUAGAUAAAAUGACGAAUGCCCUGUAAUUUUCUCUUCUUCUAGGACCCUCAAAAAAUGGCCACACUAGCCGUGGAUCUCCGCUCCCGCAACGGGUACGUCAAAUCCUACGGGUUGAACGUCCUGCACACGAUGAAAAUGCUGAAAGCGAUGAAGAAGAAGGAACUGGAGGCCCGCCGUCCGCAGCACCAACUCCAGCCCCGCCAGCCGCCGCAACCCGCCCAACGGCCCGCCUACCCCGCCCAGUUCGGGCCUCCUCCCAUGCUCCGCCCCCAAUUCCCCGCCAUGCCCAAUCAGAUGAACCAAAUGUACGGGCAAAUGCCGCCGAACCAAAUUGGAAUGCAGCCGCAUAUGGCGGGCCAAAUGCCCAACCAAAUGGUCAACAUGGGCAACAUGCCCAAUAUGCCCGGCGCCGCCCCGCAAUAUGCCCAAAACGCCGUGGGUGGCCAAUAUGCCCAAAUGAACCCAAAUCAGCAUCCAGGACACGCCUACAUGAUGCAGCAGCAAAUGAUGCGCCAAAACCAACGAUAUCCGAACGUGAAUUACUUCACGAACAGCCCCAGUCCGGCCGGAAGUAUGAACUCCAACCCGCAAUCGGUCCAAAAUGCAGCUCAGCAGCCCAACUCCCAUCUGUCGGCGGGCCCAGGCCCGAGCCCAUUCGGCUCGCCCAACAAUAUCCCCGGAUCGACCGGAAUCUCCGCCCCACCCCCGAAUGCCAUGCCCGGAAGCACGCAAAACCACAUGCCCGGCUCGGUAGGCCCCCACAAUGGCAUGCCCGGCUCGGUGGGCCCACAGAAUGCCAUGCCCGGCUCAGUGGGACCUCCCCAAAACACCAUGCCCGGCUCAGUCGGACCGUCUCAAAACAUGCCCGGAUCCGCUCAAAAUCUCAUGCCCAACUCGGUAGGCCCCCCAUCGGCUCGAGGACCCGGCAGCGUCCCAGUUGGCCCACCAAUUAUCGACCGGUCAAUAAUGUCGGUCGAAAAACACCCAGCCCUUGAGAUGGCCAAAGACGAAGCCUUAGGCUAUCUGAACAACAAACGACUCAGAACUGUGGCCACCGGCAUGCAGGACACGAUUUUGGACCUGUUUUAUGACAGCGUUUUUGAUGCAUGCCCCAUUUGCUCGUGCAAUGUGAAUAUCCGAACGACGGAUCUAGGUAUUUACAUACAAGCACCCGCCGAAAUCGCCAUUGUGGACCAGAUCAACUCCCGCAGAGAGCAGGACCCAAGCUAUAGGCCGGACUUUUGGAGCGGCCUCAAAAAGUCCAGCACUUGGUGUGGAUGCGGCUUUAGCGCGGUUAGGUAUAGAAUCUUGGCCGCAGGAGCGCAAUGCUUGUUCCCUGAUGAUCUCAGGUGAGUUGUGGGGGAAUAGAAUGAGGUUUUAUUUGAAUGGAACGGAUAAAAUACGAGUUUUGGGGAGAGGAAAGUAUGUGGAUAAAUUGUAAGGCAUUUUACACUAAAAUUUAUCCGCAAAUUUUCGGCAACUUUUUUUUCUCCUCAAAAAAAUAAUGUUUUAAAAUUUGUUUCAAUACUAGUCCGUUUGCAAAGUCGCUGGUGUGAUUUUUGGCGUUUGCACUGUGCGAAAAUAGAGGUUUAAUUUGCACUGUGCAAUUUGUUGCUUUUUGCACCGUGCAAUAAGCUUUUUUGGGCUGUCGCUCCAGAGUUUUUUGCACAGUACAAACGCUAAAAAUUACUCCAGCGACUUUGCGAAUGGACUAGUAUUGAAAGAAAUUUUAAAAAGAAUUUUUUGGGGAGAAAAAAAAGUUGACGAAAAUUUGUGGAUAAAUUUUAGUGUAAAAUGCAUUAGAAUUUAUCCAUAAAUUUUCGGCUUUUUUAUUUGUUAGAAAUUUGGUAAUUGUUGUAAAAUACGAGCGUCUAAUUUUUUGUUAUUGAAAUUUUUGAAAUAAUCUGUUAGGAUUUUCGAAGAUUUUUUGCAUUUUUUAUGUUGGUCGAUUUAAAAAUUUCCAAUUUUGAAAUAAAAAUUUCAAUUUUCAGAGAAGCCUUUAACAUUCAUCAAGUUUCCAAAAGCAUCAAGCACCCUUGGCUAGCCAAAGCGCGCCUCCACGCAAUGACUGACAUCCUCAGAUUCAUGUCCACCACAUAUUCGCUCAACCGAAUGGCCAUUUCCACCUAUUAUGUGGGCGAUUUGCCCGAUACGUUCGCGAAAUUGGAUGGGCAUUACUCUUCAACCGAUAGCCCAUAUAUUGUCUCGAAGGCCGAAGGAGAGGAGUUUGAUUUGGCCGUCAAAACUUUGCUUGGAUUAGACCCCAAAGGAAAAAUCCCACUGUUCCAUCCGUGGGGAUUGAGUGUAAGUGUGUGAAAAAAUGUUUGGAGGUGAAAAAAAAGGAUUUUUAAGGGUGGAAAUUUAGUUUUGGAGCUUUAAAAAAAAAGUUUUUUGAAAAUUUGGGUAACAAUUUUAAAAAUUUUUUUGAUUUUUUUUCUGGAUUUAAAUGAUUUUUUGACUAUUUUUGAUGGAUUAUGGCUCAAAAAUCAAUUGAUUUUGAGGCACAGGGAAUAAACAUUUCGUAUUUUACAUAUUUAAAAAAUUUUUUUUGAAAAUUUGGGUAAUAAUUUUAAAAAAUUUUUUGAUUUUUCUCUGGAUUUUAAUGAUUUUUGACUAUUUUUGAAUGAGUUUGGCUCAAAAAUCAAUUGAUUUUGGAGUAAAGGGAAUAAACAUUCCGUAUUUUACAUAUUUAAAAAAAAUUUUUUUUUGAUCUUUUUUGCUUCUAAAAUUUCAAAAAAAUGUUGAUUUUAGAAUUUUAACUAACAUUUUCCCCACUUUCAGAUUGCCCAAGGCGUGAAAGAACCCAAAGACGACGAAUAUAUGUCCAUAAUUCGCGAUAUCCUCCCUGUUCUUGAGACCUCGAUCAAACAAAUACGUGGCGCCGAACUCAACACCCGCGGAAAUUUGGUGGAAGGCCCUCUAACGUGGCGCCAGUUCCAUAAAAAGGCCAUAAAAUCGGGCCAGGACGACGAGACCUACAAAGCCGAACAAAUCCCUCAAGUUUUGGUGGCCGCAGGUCAAGACGCGAUCGCCACCAACCCACAACUGGUCCAUAUGUGGGAGAAACUGUCCAUGGCACCGUAUGAUCAGCCCAAGGACGUACUUUACUUGGCCAUUGUACCGGAUGGAAAUGUUUUGGCGGAUAAGUGUAAAGUGAGUAAAAAUUUGUUGAAAUUUGGAAAUUUUUGGGAUGAAAUUUGAAGUAGAGGAAUGGUAUUGAUAAAAGAAACUAAUUUUGACUGGUUUAGAGAAAUUUGGAAUACAAAAAUGGUAAUUUUGGAAUGUUUUCGGAGAAAAAGUAAAAGACAAAAGUUUGUGGAUAAUUUCCAAGCCAUUUUGCACUAGAAUUUAUCCAUAAAUUUUCGUCAAUUUUUUUUUGAUAAAAUUGUGUGAAAUAGACAACAAAAAUGCUUACUAGAUGUCUAGAAUAAGCUAAGAGGCAACUACAAAAGGUCUUUUGAAUGUUUGAACAGGGUUUUAAAAAAAAAAUUUUUUUUUUUAAUUUUGUUUUUUGUAAAAUUUUAUCUAAUUUUGAGAUAAAAAGGCUAAUAAAUUUCACUUUUAGGUCUAUCUGGAGGAACUUUCGUCGGUCUACGAGAAAUGCCGCUUCGGGCGUCAUCUGAAAGUCAACGUGAAAGAGCCGAACUGCCAGCUGAAAGACGGCAUCUUCAAAAUCAUCGGAACAAAACCCCCAAGUGCCGAGAAAUCCCAACCGAAUCUCAACGAAGCCGAACUGAAACAUGUGGCCAAAAUGCAGACCUAUGUUGAGAACGCGGCCCAGAGCGUGAAGUCAUUUUUACAACAAAAUGAUUUUAUUUUUGAGAGAAAGUCAUAUUUCGAACACUUGGUUCGGGAUGGGCUGCAGCCCCAUUACACCAGUUUGGCCUCGAAUCCCGACAGUCAGAAUAUGCCACCUCCGCCGGCCCCGCAAAUCGUUCAAAGCCCGUCUUCAGUGCUGUCGAAUACAUCAGGUAAAGUAAUGUCGAAAUUGAAUGCCUUAGGGGAUGAGAUUGAAAAAUAGAGGUAGUUUGGAGAUAACAAGACGGUUUAGUUCAGUUUUUUUCAAUCCAGAAUAUUGGAAUUUGAGGUUUUUUCUCUGAGAGAAACACUUGACCCAAGUCUUGGAAAAUGGUCAACUCUUUCUCUAAAGUGGAUGCAUUAGUGGAAAAGCAGUUGUAAUACGAGAGUUUAAUCUCCUUUAGGCUGUAAUUUUUAGUUCGUAAUGUAACAAAGUCGCAGAGAAACACUUGACUCAAGAUUAAAAAACUUUUUUACUAAUAAAUUUUUGAAAAGGAAAAUGAAAGUGUGUGAAAUAUAGCUGCGUUGAGCCUGUGAAGUCGUAUUUUACACCGAGACAAACACUUGACCCAAAUUUAAUUUUUUGAGUCAACUUUUCCCCUCGAUGAAAAAACGCAUUUUUGCUCUUCAAAGGUUGUUUUAUGAUAAUUGCUGCUUUCAGGACCCGCCUCCCAAGGUCUCCACAACCCAAACACCCCAAGCUAUCAACAAUCUCCCAAUCUUUCUCUGGGCCCCCAUUCAAACGACCCAAUGCAGGACAGUAUUCGAACGCCGGAGAACCCGGUCACCCCUUCGCAACACGAACAACAGAACCCCAACUCCGAACAAAACAUCGAUCGAAGUGUGGCGGAAUUGAUGAGUGAAGAACUACCACAUCUUUUACCUCAUAUUAUAGUAAUCUAUUUGGUAGGUUGUGCAAGAUUUGUUGAUGUAUUAGUUAUUUCGAAGGUGUUAGUGGAUGUAAUAUAGAGUUUUUGGUCGGUAGGGGAGUUGGCAGAGGCUCAUACACCAAAAUUUUGGAAUUUUUGGAAGGUUUUAUCAAAUUUGAUACUUAAAAUAAUGUAAAUUUUGUCUAAAAUUAUGAUUUUUGUGCUUUUUUGAGUGCCAUAUUUUAGAAGGUGACCAGAUAUGGGGCUAUCAUGCUGUUGAGAGCUUUUUUGGUAAACUUUUAGGGGCAUGAAGAAGCUAGUUUGACCUUAUGUUAUGUUAGAUGACUAUUUUUUUUAAAUUCGAAAAACUGGUCGAAUCAAUUGUCUUUUUAGAAAGUUUAGUGGUUCAUCGACUUGUAAAUUUCUUCUGGCAACAUUUUCUGAGUAUCUGUGGUAUAUCUCGACCUUAUUUUAAGGUGAAAAUCAAAAAUUUCAAAAUUUUUGAUCAAAAAACUGAAAUUAUUUUAAAAUCUUAAUUUUUCAGGUGGAUCCAUUCUCACUCGGCUCGGAAGCCGUCCCAAAGACCUUCAGAUAUGGGAAUAUGUUCCUAGUCCACAUGAUGGAAAGCAUUAUGAGAGGAAUUCGGCCAGAACGAAGACCUCAAUUCCAAAUCGAAGUCGUCAAUGCCCAGACCAUCCUGGACUACACCGGAGUCGCGGCAAACCCAUUGAGAGAGGAUAAACAGGUCUUGGAACCAGGUAAGGGCAAAAAGAUUGAAGGAUUUUGGGGGAAAUUGGCAUGAAUUGUAUUGUUUUAGGUGAAAAUUGAUGAUUUUGGGGAAUUUCUUGUUUUUUGAAAAGUUCUUGGGGAAAUAAGGGAAAAUUAGCAGAGAUUGUAGAAUGAAGUAGUAUUUGACUAUUGGCAAUGUAUUUGAGCAAGAAAUUUAUUCGAAUUAUAUUGUUUUAGGUAAAAAUUUAUGCUUUCUUGCGUAAAAUUUAUAAUUUUGGAUGUUUUUUGGGGAAGUGAAAGUUUGACAUUGCAAAAUAGGUCAUAAAGUGGGCUUGCAGUAAUUUUUUGACAUUUUGAAAAAUAAUUUUUAUAAAAAUUUUCGUUUCAGUUGAAGUAAUCAACCGCGAAAAACUCACCGCCCACGACAUUCUCCGUCGGCAGGCGUUUUCGGUCUAUUCCCAGACCCGAAUCCUGGUCCCAGAGAACGCCCGGACCGCCCUCUGCCAGUCGAUGACGCGGUUCGGACCGGCCGCCCAAAUGACCGACAUCAUCGACGGGAUCCGCAACCGAAAAGAGGAGAUCUACUUCAAAUUGGCGUGCCAACCCUACGUCCUGGCCCCCAAACACUCGAUCGGGUUCCAAAACUCGGCCAACAAGUUCUGUCUGAUCAACCCCGAGGAGCGAGUGCUGUUCGUGUCGUAUUGCCUGGUAGGCGACGAUAUCUUGAUCGCAUCCUGCACCGACCAAUACGGACAUUUGCAUGAUACGACGCUGAUUAAUUUGCAUAAUAACCCCCAGCCGGGAUUCCGCCUCAAACAACGGCUGAUUUCCCUCGGAAUCCAAAGACUAUGGCUGUUCAUACAGAGCGUGCUAGUCAUGGACACCAAGAACUGGCGAGUCGUGAUUUGCAAAGUCGGCAAGAUCGGGCAUGGCGAGUUUAGAGGUAAGGGCUUGAGAUUGUUAUUUCGGCCGUAAUUAAGAUUAAAAAUCCAAAAUUUAGACAAAAAAUUAUCAAAAUACCAAAAAAUUUCAAUUUUUAUGGGAAAACAUCGAAAAAUCCAAAAAAAUAUGAAUGCAAGAUCUGUGAUGCUUUACUGCAGCUAGAUACCCCCUGUAAUUCCUUUAGAGACGAUUUUUCAAUCUGAAUUUUAUGUAAAAAUCACAGCUUUCCAUCAUAAACCCCCUAAAAUUGCCAAAACCCCGGAAGAAAGUAAAAAAUCUUUAUUUUAUCCUUUCGAAUUGGAGUCUACAGUGGCGGACCUGAUCCAGUAGCAAAAAAACGUACCGUUUUGCAUCCGGAAAUUAUCAAAAAUCCAGUAAAAUACCUCCCUCUCCAAGUUAAAGACCUCGAUUUUGAAGACGCGCUCUUUUCCUCAUAAAAAGGGCGCGCUUUUGAAACCGGAGACAUUUUACUUGGAGAGGAAGGCAUUUACUGCAUUUUUGAUACUUCCCGGAGGCAAAAUGGUACGUUUUUUGCCACUGGAUCAGGUCUACCAAUGUAGGCUCCGAUUGGAAAGGAUAAAAUAAAGAUUUUUUACUUUCUUCCGGGGUUUUAGCGAUUUUAGGGGGUUUAUGAUGGAAAGCUGUGAUUUUUACAUAAAAUUCAGAUUGAAAAAUGAUCUCUAGAGGAAUUACAGGGGGAUCUAGGUGCAGUAAAGCAUCAUCGAUUUUGCAUUCCUAUUUUUUUGCGAUUUUUUCGAUGCUUUCCAAAAAAAUUAUAACUUUUUUGGAAUUUUGAUAUAAUUUUUUGACUAAAAUUCGGAUUUUUAAUCGUAAAUACGGUCGAAAUAAAUGCUUGCUAUACCUUUCCCAUCUCUGACUCGAAUAUUUUCAGCCUGGUCCCACGUUUUGUCCAAGAAAAGUCUUCGAAAUUACAACAGCAAUUUCCGAGUUCGCGGCGAAAAAGACGUCACGAUGACAAUGCCCACAUGCCGAGCUUGUGCCGUCUCAAAAGACUCCUCGGAAGGACCGGUCAUCAUGUCCGCAUGCCUAAUUUCAAUGGAAUCCGAGCCAUUCUUACGCAUUUUCCCGGCCUUUUCCCAACUUUCGGAGCAAAAAUCCCGCUCGAAUUCGAAGAACAACAACCUGUUGACGUUGUUGGAGGACACAGCGAUCACUCACAUUAUAACGUUCCCGACCUCGCCGGACAUUUCGACGGAUCCACAGGCGGGACAACAACAGGAUGACAAUGAUCCGUUCAAUUUUGGAAUCGAUGGGAUUGAAAAUGAUGAUGAAGGCCUGACUGAAGGUCUCAUCGCUGACAUGGAGAUCGGAGAAGAACAAGGUGAGGAUUUGAGGGGAAUUUUGAGACGGUUUUAGCGGAAUUUUGAGGGUUUUUUGAACGAAAUUUUCCAAUUUUUUUAAAUUUUUAUGGGCAAUUUUGAUGAUUUUUUUCUAAAUUUUUAUUUGAAAAUUGUUUGUAGAAAUCCGCUACAUGUUAGAAUAUGCUGUAGGCCCCCUUUCUACUAAGAUUUUACUACCAUAUUUUAGGUUAUUUUACUAAUCUAGUCCAAUUUUUGAAAAAUUUUUCAAAAAUUUUCAUUUUUUUUUUUUAAAUUGCCAUUUAUGACUCGUAUAUGACCUCGAAAAUAAUAUACAGUAUCCUCGUACUAUUCUCAGUGUAAUUUAUAAUCUUUGUUUUUUUUCCAGAAUUAACAAUUGAUCAUCAGCCGAUGGCGACCGGCUACAUGGUUUCGACCGCACCGGCCACCGAACUCCCAGACUGGUUCUGGAACACCUGCCCGAACGCGAAACGCCAUUUGCCGGUGCAUUUGAGGACGGCGCUUCACAUAAAUUCAUCCAAUCUUCAGGAAGAUAUCAUGAAUUAUGGCCAAAAAAGCGGCGGAAACGAGACCUCGCAUCCGCUGGACGAGAGUGCAACCGACGCUAUUUUGAGGUGAGAAUUUUUGCAUGCUUUUGAAUUUUUAUUAGUGUAAAAUACGCAAACAUUUGUUUUUGGAGAGAAUUUUUCAAAAGUUUUCGUUUUUUGGUCCCACCACGAAAACUUGAGGAACCACGAAAACUUCAACAUGCUCCAAAAUUGGAGUAAAUAUAAUUUUUUUACACUUUUUUUGUAAAAUACGAGUUGUCGAGAUACAUUUCCAGGUCCCACCACGAAAACCCUGAGAAUCAGGGAAACCUCAAAAACCCAUGUUUUAAUGACUAAAAAUUGUAAAUUUUAGGUACGUCAUGCAAAUGCACAACUCCCUCUCCUGGCUGAACGUGGAUUUGGGGUCGGGCGCCCGCAUUUCCUGCCUCCCCGUCCACAUCCAAUGCCUGUUCCGUCUCUACAACAACGUCGAACAGUGCAUUCUCAACUAA